GGCGUCUGCGUCUUUCCCCUCCUCUGCUCGUCGAUCCGUCCGUCCUGCAUUCGGUCGGCCUUGCAUCUGGUCGUCCCUGCAUCCCUGCGACGCUGCCAGCCAGGUGCUGUCUCGGUCGCUUUCCUCCCUCGUUUCUCUGUCUCUGUCUGCAACCGCUGUUUCCGCAUCCGCGGCCUGCCUCACCUGCCGCCCAGAAUCCAAAAGGCUUCCUGAAGCAGCGUCUCCACCAUGCGACCGGCCGUGACAGCCUCUAUCCUCCUCUGGGCCAUGGGCUUUGCCCCUCUGUCCGUCCGGGCCGACGUCCAAUACGUCGCCUGCACCAGCAGCACGCCAACCGAGUCGGUCUUUUCGGUCGCCAACUCCAUGUCCACCCUGAGCGCCAACGAGGCCUUUUCCCAAAUCUGCAGCUCCAACUCCACGUACAUGUGGUUUGCUUCGGCGAAUGCCAACCAGUGCCAGACCGGAAACGUCCUGAUUGCAUGUGCUGGUCCGGGCAUUCCGCUGCCCGACAGCUCCCUCUCGGCAAAGUCGUGCCAGAUAUCAAAGUGCGGAGCUGGCAACGAUCCCUGCGGUGACUGCACCAACUCCAAGACGCAGCUGUGGGCUAUCUAUUUGGCGAACGGCAGUGCAUUCUCAGUCACGGUCUCUCCUCCAAGCAGCACAGCUUCUUUGCAGUCGUCCGUGUCGCUCACCACCUCCAUCAACAACAUCAGCCCGACCCUCUCCACUGGCUCGCCCGUGUCGGCGGCGCCCUCGAGCACCGGUUCGCCCAGUGCUGGCGCCGGCACUUCGCCCAGUGCCAGCGGUGCCUCGGGCAUUGGAAGCUUCUUCGCCAACCUGAACGUCCCCCUCAUUGCUGGUGUCGGCGGCGGCAUCGCCGUGCUGCUCGCCAUCGCCAUCACCUGCUGCAUUGUCUCGUGGCGCCGCAAGAAGGCCGCCACCGCUGCCGAGUCUGCGUCCAAUCCUCCCCAUCGAUACAACAGCGUGUCUUCGUCCCACGACCAGUUCUUCAAGCCACUGCAGAGCCAGUCGCCCUUCCAGCCAGUCGGACGGGGAGGCACUCCGCUUGGAGCCCAGUCGCUGAACCGGGGCGCAACUCUCCCAAACACCCAGUAUCCAAGCCCCAAGCACUCCGAGCUCAGCUACAACCCGCCUGUCAAUGGACACUAUCCCAGCUACGGCGCACCCGAGUCCGAGACGCAUUUCCGCCAAAACAACCUUCCAGCCUCGCUGUACACGUCGUCGUCGCCGCCACGGCCCUCUAAUGCCAAAUCGGGCAUGGGUGGCGGCUACGGCCACGAAUCCAUGUACACCGUCGCUGCCACCAUGAAAACCGACUCGAUCAUCCAGGGAUAUCGCACCUCGUCGAUCAUGGAGGCCGGCAGCCAGCGCGGGAGCUUUGUCCCGUCCAAGGAUACCAGCCGCCUCGUCAAGGUCACCAAGGAGUUUGAUCCUGUCAACUCGGACGAAAUCGAGAUGCGAGCAGGGGACAUGAUCGAGAUCCACCAGACCUUUGACGACGGCUGGGCAUACGGAUACAACCACCGCUCCAAGUUGUGGGGUGUCUUCCCCCAAGACUGUGUCUAAGCCAAGAGAGAACAGGGCCCGGUUCUGUCGCUCGCCUCCGCCAUCGCUGGUGAUGCUGUCCGAGAGCAAAGUUCCUGUGUCAGGUGCCAAUCUCUAUUCCCACGCUACUCACCCCCCCCCGCCGUUGGACCGGCCCGUUGAUCUGACUUGUGUUGCGCUGCUUUCCUCAUCCUGCCUGUCCAUGUUCUAUCGCUGCUUUUGCCCGUUACUGUCUUCUCGUUCGCAUGUCUCCCAUUUGAUUUGCUUCGUGUGAGUGUGGUCUCCUUUUCUUGUCGGCAUUUCUCCUCCCGUGCGAUUGUCUCCCCCGCCCUCCACCAACUCCAUUCGACUCCGAAUAUAUAGCCACACACAACGAGGGGGG